GUUUCUUGAUUUAAUUUCUACAUUGCAUAUUUUCUAUAUUAUUUAUUUAUAAGAAUGGCGUCGAUGUUGAGAUUCUUAGUUAAUCCUGUUGAAUUGCAAAACGCGAUUAAAGUUAAACAUGAUUUGGCCGAAUCGUCGAGACGCUUGCACUUUAUCGCGGCUCGUAAAAUUCAGGCUUGGUUCCGUGGUAUCGUCACUCGCAAUCAUCUCCGUAAGCUUCACGGAAACGCAAUGAUUAUACAACGUCAUUGGCGCGGUUAUCGCACCAGGAUGUUCGCUAAUCAAUAUUUAAUUCAACAUGUUCAGCAGAUGUGGCAGGAUUAUUAUAAUCGCAUGGCGACGAGGAUCCAAGCUGUUUGGAGAGGCUACUGGAUUAGAAAAACACAGAUAAACUUUCUGCAGUUACGACGAUGGUUGAAAGACGUUUAUAUGAAGAACGAUGAAACUUUGAAGAACAUGAAAAAAUUUAGACAGGGAGAACUUGAAUAUGCGGAAAAUGUAACCGAACAAGAAGCGAUGCUCGGGAUUUUAUUCAUUUUAUUUAAAGUAAUAUAAUUGAUUACUUUUCUAUUAGAUGUUUGUAUCAUAAUUUUUUAUCUGAAAUUUAAUAUGCAAAUAUUGCUGAUACGAUAUUUCUGUCUUCGUCUUUCUGAAGCUGCAUCAUCUGUUGAGGACCAAGUGUCGUCCAGGUGUCAUCACGCGAAUCGAUAAAACUCGUUUUACAUACAUCGAAGAAAUGUUGAAGUGUCUCGAAUACGAUCAAUAUAUUUCCAGAGCAAAAUCUACUUGCAAAAGUUGUCAAAUCGAUCGUAAACCUUCCUUAAUUUUUCGUAGCACUUAUUUCGAGAGAUGUGAAAAAGAGAUUCGAGAGUUUGAGAAGAGUUUAGAAGCUGG